AUAAUAUUGUUCUAAAAUAUAAAUCAAACCAAAAAGUCGCAAUUUAUUUAUUUACAGAGAACGAUUUCUUAAAUGCUUCUCUUUUCCAAAAUCUAAAUUACAUCCAUUCCUUGAAGAUAUUGAUUUACCAAUUUUCAUUCUCCCUUGAGCGGAAACUAGCUUCCUACAUUAUUAAUCUCCAAAAGUGUACAACAUAUCGAUCUAUCCAGCCUAUACUUAUUGCGAGCUACACCAAUCAUUAAAGAAUGAAUCGCCAUGCUAAAAGAGCUUUAUCAACAAUGUAUCAACGCGGAAAUCGCGUGUCAUCAAGUCCCCCUCCAAAGCGGAAGGUAAACAGUCACCUGACGACAUGUGAAUUUCUCAGCAGAGGGCACGAUUCAAUGUCGCCGUUAAAUUUCCGUCCCUAUUGUUUAGCUCAGUUCCUUUUUCGCGCUCGAUAUGAGAGAACCUAUCGUAAAGAUUCGAAACGGCAAGUUGUGCGGUUCGUUUAAACGCAGCCUAGAGGGAUAUGAGUACUAUUCGUUUAAGGGUAUACCCUAUGCCAGACCGCCUGUCGGUGAGCUGAGAUUUCGAGAUCCAAGACCAGUUGAAUCAUGGGCUGGCUUACGAGACGCAACAGAAUUUGGACCAAUCUGUGCCCAAUGCGAUCUUGUGACACAGACAGUGGUGGGAUCGGAUGACUGUCUAUAUUUAAAUGUUUAUACCACGACGAUCGAUCAAAAUGCUCGUAAGCCCGUUAUGUUCUGGAUACACGGAGGUGGAUUUUUACAUGGCUGUGGCAACGACUUGUUUUUUGGUCCUGAUUAUCUAUUGAGGAAUGAUAUUCUUUUAGUGACGAUUAACUACAGAGUUGGCAUACUAGGAUUUUUGAAUUUGGAAGACGAAAUUGCACCAGGAAACCAAGGUUUGAAAGAUCAAGUCAUGGCUCUUAUUUGGGUAAAACAUAACAUUCAAAAUUUUGGUGGGGAUCCUGACAAUGUGACAAUUUUUGGAGAAAGUGCCGGAGGAGCUUGUGUACAUUAUUUAGCGUUAUCGCCUUUAGCGAGGGGACUUUUUCAUAAAGCUAUUUCUCAGAGCGGUGUAGCUCUCAACACAUGGGCAUCAAUGCCACCGAAUCCAAAAAAAUAUGCCCAUCAAAUAUGCUCGAAUCUUGGAAGGGAUUUAACAGAUUCUCGAGCAAUCGUACAUUUCUUGCGAAAAAUUAACUGCUUAACAUUGAUUGAUGCGCAAGAAAAGAUAAGAACUUUAGAAGAUAAAAUACGUUUCAUUUUCCCUUUUGGUCCAGGCACCGAUUACAAAUCCCUAAAACCAUUUAUGCCAAUUCCUCCCCAAGUAGCAGCUGAAGAGGGAAUUCAUGUGCCCUACAUGCUAGGUUAUAACAGUGGAGAAGGGAUCUUUUUUUUAUCGGAUUUGAAGCAAGAAGGAUAUGAAAAGGUGAACGAAGAUUUUGAUACUUACUUGCACCCUAGAAUAUUCGAAACUCUUCAUAAAAAUAAUUUAACUCCGGAUGAUUUAAAACGGCUUUACUUUAACGGCGAAGAUAUAUCGGAAAUAAAUCAUCAAAGAUUUGCCGAUUUAUGGGGAGAUAUGCAUUUCGUGGAUGGAAUUCACAGAGUCAUUCGAACACAAGUCGACAGAAGUUCUGCUUCAACGUACCUUUACUAUUUCACGUAUGACAAAGGUUUUUCGUUUAUUAAGACAAAAAUGAACGCUCAAGUAAAAGGUGCUUGUCACGGAGAAGAAUUAUUUCAUCUUUUUAGCAUACGUAUAUUGGAAGGGCUUUCAAUCAAUCCUAUAAAGAAAGGCAGCAUUAAUUAUAGGCUAAUGGAACAAAUGACAACAAUGUGGACGGAUUUCGCCAAAACUGGGAGACCAACGCCAAUGACUUCCAAGCUAAUACCUUUGUACUGGCAGCCAGUAAUAAAUGAUACAGUAUUUCGUUAUUUAAAUAUUGGUGAGGAGUUGCGCAUGGAAACUAUGCUAAAUAUGGAUCGACGUUUUCCGUUUGGGAAAAGCGCUAAAAAAUAAGCUACAGAGUAGAGACAUACACUCAAUACUGUUGUGACGUGUAUUAAUUUUGUUUAUUAAAAUCUUUGAAAAUAUGUUUUUACAAACGUAUUGCAAACAUAUGUUGUGUACCACUUUAUGGUUACAUUAAAAAUCAAAGUAAUUAUUCCUAAAGCUUUUAAAAGAUUAUACUUAUUAUUAUAUUAUAGCACGGGCAGCGCAACUUGACAUUUAUUUAGUAAAUGUAUGCAUGGUUUUAUUAAUUAAAAAACUAAACAUAGAAAUUCAUUUAAAUGAUUUGUAAUAUACGAUAUGAUUUGUAACAUUUUUCCCGGAAACGGACGUACUCGUCUGAAUAAAGAUGAACAAACAGUGAA